UUCCUGCUGGAUUGUAAAAUGGCGCAUUGUUGUCACUACCGCAUCGCGUCUAUUUGAUUCAAGAUUAUGAAGCUAUUUAGGUUACGAAACCAAACAUGCACUUCAUAAUGUGGCAUAUGCAUAGGCCAGCACUAGACUGAACAGAGGGGUUCAUUCAUUUGCGCGCAGUCUUUCGUCUUUGAGGUUGCUUGUUAGGUAACCUAUUGGUUGUUAGCAUUAGCUAGCUAACAUUGUGCUAGCUAAAAUUGACUCCAGUUUUUUUUCCAGAACAGCGGCACAAAUACAACGAAGAUGGGUUAUUUAAAACUGAUAGAGAUAGAAAACUUCAAGUCGUAUAAAGGAAGACAGAUCAUUGGACCCUUUCAUAAGUUCACUGCAAUCAUCGGACCCAAUGGAUCUGGAAAGUCCAACCUUAUGGAUGCCAUCAGCUUCGUGUUGGCAGAAAAGACCAGCAACCUGCGUGUGAAGACUCUGAAGGAUCUGAUCCACGGAGCACCCGUAGGGAAGCCAGCUGCCAACAGAGCUUUUGUCAGCAUGGUGUACCAGGAGGAUAAUGGAGAGGAGCGCGCCUUUACAAGGGCCAUCAUUGGUUCCUCCUCUGAGUACCGCAUCAACAACAAAGUGGUGGGCCUGCCUGAAUACAGUGAAGAGCUGGAAAAACUUGGUAUUCUGAUCAAGGCUAGAAACUUCCUGGUCUUCCAGGGAGCUGUGGAGUCUAUUGCCAUGAAGAACCCCAAGGAGCGCACAGCUCUGUUUGAGGAAAUCUCACGUUCUGGAGAGCUGGCCCAGGAGUACGACCGCAGGAAGAAGGAAAUGGUGAAAGCAGAGGAGGACACACAGUUUAAUUACCAUCGUAAGAAAAACAUUGCUGCUGAGCGCAAAGAAGCCAAGCAAGAGAAAGAGGAGGCCGAGCGAUACCAGCGCCUGAAAGAUGAAGUGGCCAGGGCUAGUGUUCAGUUGCAGCUCUUCAAGCUGUACCACAAUGAGACUGAGAUUGAAAAGCUGAACAAAGAGCUAGGCCAGCGGAACAAGGAGAUCGAUAAGGACCGCAAAAAGAUGGACCAUGUGGAGGAGGAGCUGAAGGACAAGAAGAAGGAGCUGGGCAGGUUGAUGAGAGAGCAGCAGACCAUUGAGAAAGAAAUCAAAGAGAAAGACUCUGAGUUAAACCAAAAGAGGCCGCAGUACAUCAAGGCCAAAGAGAACACCUCACACAAGAUCAAGAAGCUCGAGGCGGCGCGCAAGUCAUUGCAAAAUGCCCAGAAGAUGUACAAGAAACGCAAGGGGGACAUGGAUGAGCUGGAUAAAGAGAUGAGGGCUGUGGAGCUGGCCAAGCAAGAGUUUGAGGAGCGCAUGGAGGAGGAGGCACAGAGCCAGGGCCAGGACCUUACCCUCGAGGAAAACCAGGUCAAGCAGUACCAUCGUCUGAAGGAGGAAGCCAGUAAACGUGCUGCCACACUGGCACAGGAGCUGGAGAAGUUCAACCGCGACCAGAAGGCCGACCAGGACCGCCUCGACUUGGAGGAGAGGAAGAAAGUGGAGACAGAGGCUAAAAUAAAACAGAAGAUCCGUGAAAUUGAGGAAAACCAGAAACGUAUUGAGAAAUUAGAGGAUUACAUCACCACCAGCAGGCAGUCACUGGAUGAACAGAAGCGCAUGGAGGAGGAGCUGACUGAAGAGGUGGAAAUGGCCAAGAGGAGAAUUGAUGAGAUCAACAUGGAACUUAAUCAGGUAAUGGAGCAGCUGGGAGACGCCAGAAUUGACAGGCAGGAGAACAGUCGCCAGCAGCGCAAGGCUGAGAUCAUGGAGAGUAUCAAAAGACUCUACCCUGGCUCUGUGUACGGUCGUCUGAUCGACCUGUGCCAGCCCACUCAGAAGAAGUAUCAGAUUGCUGUGACCAAGGUGUUGGGUAAGAACAUGGACGCCAUCAUUGUUGACUCUGAGAAGACUGGAAGAGAUUGUAUUCAGUACAUCAAGGAGCAGAGAGGAGAGCCCGAGACCUUCCUUCCUCUCGACUACCUCGAGGUGAAACCAACAGAUGAGAAACUGAGAGAACUACGAGGAGCCAAACUGGUGAUUGACGUGAUUCGCUAUGAGCCUCCCCACAUCAAGAAAGCCCUGCAGUAUGCUUGUGGCAACGCCCUGGUCUGUGAGAACGUAGAGGAUGCACGAAGGAUUGCUUUCGGAGGGCCAUACAGACACAAGACGGUAGCCCUGGAUGGUACUCUUUUCCAGAAGUCCGGUGUCAUCUCUGGAGGAGCCAGUGACCUGAAGGCCAAGGCCAGGCGUUGGGAUGAGAAGGCAGUGGAUAAGCUCAAGGAGAAGAAAGAAAAACUCACUGAAGAGCUCAAGGAGCAAAUGAAGGCCAAGAGGAAGGAGGCGGAGCUGCGUCAGGUGCAGUCUCAGGCCCAUGGUCUGCAGAUGAGACUCAAGUACUCCCAGAGUGAUCUGGAACAGACCAAAACCCGUCACCUCUCCCUCAACAUGCAGGAGAAGUCUAAGCUGGAGAGUGAAUUGGCAAACUUUGGCCCCCGCAUCAACGACAUCAAGAGGAUCAUCCAGUCUCGUGAGAGGGAGAUCACGGACCUGCGAGACCGCAUGAACCUGGUGGAGGAUGAGGUGUUUGUUGAGUUCUGUAAGGAGAUUGGAGUGAGGAACAUCCGAGAGUUCGAGGAGGAGAAGGUGAAGAGGCAGAACGAGAUCGCUAAGAAGCGUCUUGAAUUUGAGACCCAGAAAACCCGCCUGGGUAUCCAGGUGGACUACGAGAAGAAUCAGCUGAAGGAGGACCAGGAGAAAGUCAUGAUGUGGGAGCAGACUGUCAAGAAGGACGAGGCCGAAAUAGAGCGACUAAAGAAGGAGGAGCACAGACACAUGAAGAUCAUUGAUGAGACAAUGGCCCAACUGCAGGACCUAAAGAACCAGCACCUCACCAAGAAAUCUGAAGUCAACGAUAAGAACCACGACAUGGAGGAGAUCCGCAAAAAACUGGGUGGCGCCAACAAAGAGUUGACUCAGCUCCAGAAGGAGGUCACAGCCAUUGAGACCAAACUAGAGCAGAAGCGCAGCGACCGUCACAACUUACUGCAAGCCUGCAAAAUGCAGGACAUCAGGUUGCCUCUCCGCUCUGGAACAAUGGAUGAUAUCAGCCAGGGAGAGGGAAGCUCCCAGACAGAUGAGUCGAGCAGCCAGAGGACGUCCAGCAGUGUUCUCGCUAAAGAGGCUCUCAUAGAGAUCGACUACAGCAACCUAUCUGAAGACCUUAAGGAUGCACUGUCAGAGGAAGAAAUCAAGGCGGAGACAAACACACUGCAGCAGCGUCUGAAUGAGCAGCAGAGUAUCCUACAGAGGAUCAGCGCACCCAACAUGAAGGCCAUGGAGAAGCUCGAGAGUGUCAGGGACAAGUUCCAAGAGACCAGUGACGAGUUUGAGGCUGCUCGUAAGAGAGCCAAGAAGGCCAAGCAAGCCUUUGAGCAGAUCAAGAAGGAAAGGUUUGAUCGUUUCAAUAACUGCUUUGAGUCUGUGGCCACCAACAUCGAUGAGAUCUACAAGGCCCUGUCACGCAACAGCAGUGCCCAGGCUUUCCUGGGCCCAGAAAACCCAGAAGAGCCAUACCUGGAUGGCAUCAACUAUAACUGUGUGGCUCCGGGAAAGAGGUUCAGACCCAUGGACAACCUGUCUGGAGGAGAGAAGACAGUAGCUGCCCUGGCUCUGCUCUUUGCUAUUCACAGCUACAAACCCGCCCCCUUCUUUGUCCUGGAUGAGAUUGACGCUGCUCUGGACAACACUAACAUUGGCAAGGUGGCCAAUUACAUCAAAGACCAGUCGGUGCAGAACUUCCAGGCCAUCGUCAUUUCUCUCAAGGAGGAAUUCUACACCAAGGCAGACUCGCUCAUUGGUGUUUAUCCAGAGCAAGGAGAUUGUGUCAUCAGCAAAGUGCUCACCUUUGACCUCUCCCAGUAUCCUGAUGCCAACCCAAAUCCGAAUGAAUAGGAUGAGCACUCCCAACAAAGGCAUUUUGGCAAGUUGGACAUUCAUCAGCUACUCUUUCUGGAUUACUAAUGUAUUCUAUAGUCACAGAUCAUGUAUUCAUUAGGUCCCACAUGUUAUUUCCUAAUGUUUUUUUUUUUUUUAAUGUUUUUGUUUGUUCGUUUUUUUUUUGGGUUAUGUUAGAGUAGUGAAUUAGUCAGAAUUUUUUAGUUGUGGGGGGUUGUUCUUUAUAGACCGCGACAACCAGGAUGUAUGUACAUUUAUAAAAGCCCACCCAUGUUCAAUUAGGUCAUACAAGACUGAUUAUAAUAAUCCAUAAAAAUUAAUUAUAAUCAAAUGUGAGGGAAUCGAACCUUUUUAACAGACUGUAGAAUUUGUAUCACGUGACAAAAUGUGUUGAAUAUACCUGAAACAAGUUUUUGUUCUCAAAGCUUUUAUACUGUUUAUGGCCCUCUUUUCAAUGGUGUGAUUUAAAGCCUUUGACUGUCAUCUGUUGUGCGUACUGAAAGAUGUCUUUGCAUUUUCAUGUGCUACUUCUUUUUUUUUUAAAAAAAGCUUAAUCAGGAAACAGUUGUUACAGUAUGGUGGAUACAUUCCCGUGUGUGAUAGCUAAAGAAACCCCCUAGUGAGCUGCAGCUGGCAGUGCUAUAAUGAGAUCAUGGAGCUUUGUCAAAACUGUUAUCAGAUUACGUCAAAGGAAAUGUGCUGACGUUGUGCAGCUGUAUGAACAACAACAGUCUAUUUAUUCCUUGAGUGACAUUCUGAUUCGGCUUUGGGAAAAUGAAAAAUUCAACAUGAGCUAUUCUGUCAGAUCUGUUUUAUUGAUUGCUUUGCCUCAAUAAAUAAAAUUUGAAUUAUUUAAGCUCCUUUCA